AUGUCAUCACCAUUGUGCUUUCUGGUUUUAUUUGUCACUGUUUAUGAAUCCAAAUGCUUCUGUGGUGAAAUUAAUUUGCAUUGUAAACAGAUCACUGACAGAGAAAUAAUCCUUCAAUGGACGAAUCAGAGAUUUUAUUCGAAACCUUUGUUAUUCAUACAGCAGAAAAUUAAUGAGGACAAAACUUAUUAUCCUGUCGAUGCUAAACAACAUACUCUCACUAUUAAAACUAAUGAUACGUGCAUCCAUUAUGAAUUCAAAUAUAUGACUCGAGAAUACUACAAAGAUCUAUUUUUCAGUAAUUAUAAUUUACAUUAUAUACCUCAGAUGUUCGAAAAUAUACAAUAUCGUACAAUAUCACCAACAAGAAUCAAAUUAAAAUGGGAUAUGAAAAAAACAAGUGCAAUAAAAAGUUAA